CUUCCUAUUAUGUGAAUCUUUGCCCAAAUAGUCCACUACAUGCGGGAUCAUAAACAAAGAUGGCGGACGAAGAUGUCGAGAAAACGUACCGGUGGGAAGGAGAUUAUGAGAAAACUUGGGAGGUACUGCAGGAGGAUGCAGCAGGCUCGCUCCAGGCCAGUGUGGAUGACAUCAUCCAUAGGGCCAAGAGGAGGAGAUUACAGGAUAGACAAGUCAAUGUUCGACUGGGGAUGAUGCGACACCUGUUUGUAGUAGUAGACAUGUCACAGUCUAUGGAAGACCAAGACCUCAAACCAACAAGAAUCCUGGUUACCCUCAAGUUACUGGAGAAUUUCAUAGAAGAAUAUUUUGAUCAGAAUCCAAUUAGCCAGCUUGGUGUCAUCACAACUAAGAACAAGAGGGCAGAGAAGCUGACGGAGCUGGGAGGUAACCCCAAACGACACGUCACCCAGCUGAGGACUCUAAGCAGUGCUUCUUGUGUCGGGGAACCCUCCAUCAUGAACUCACUGGACCUUGCAGCACAGACACUCAAACACAUGCCGACCCACACCAGUAGAGAAGUACUGAUCAUCAUGGGAAGUCUCACCACAUGUGAUCCUGGGGACAUCAACAUCACCAUGAAGAUGGUAAAAGACUUGAACAUCAGGUGUUCAGUGAUUGGCCUGGCAGCUGAGGUUCAAGUGUGCAAGAAACUGUGCAAUAUGACAAAUGGAACCUAUGGCAUUAUUUUAGAAGAUACACACUUUAAAGACUUGUUGUUGGAACACUGCACCCCUCCCCCUGCUACUGUAAACACUGAUUCUUCUCUGAUAAAAAUGGGUUUCCCUCAGCAUACUAUAAGUCAAGACCAUGAUAGUGUCAAACCUUCCAUGUGUAUGUGCCACCAAGAUACAGAGGCCCAGUCCUUCACUCCAUCAGGAUAUUUCUGUCCACAGUGCCAUGCAAAGUAUUGUGAGCUACCUGUGGAAUGUAAAAUUUGUGGGUUGACACUAGUAUCGGCGCCGCACCUUGCACGCUCCUAUCAUCACUUCUUCCCACUGGAAAACUUCCGAGAAAUCCCUCUAGAAGAACUUGAUGCAGAACUUUCCAGAUUUUGUACAGGGUGCCAGGUACAGCUGAAUGGACCUGUGGUGUACUGUUGUACCAGGUGCUCACGACCCUUCUGUAUCGACUGUGACCUCUUCAUCCACGAAACUCUCCACUCCUGUCCUGGCUGUAUCAACAAGAGGAUAGGGCCCAACUCAUCAUAGGUUUGUAUGUUCUUACUGUGAUCUAUUUGUCAAAAAAACAAUGCCCAAGUAACGUUAGUCAUAUGCUAGGACAUACUACAUGGGACAUACAUGUAUGUAUUUAGUACAGAUGAGAACGCAGUCUCUACAUUGGUUCAUACUCCCGAACUGUACUCUAUUUAGCCAUGAAUAGUGCCAGACUUGACAAAAGUUGUAAUGUGAUACAUGUAUGUGUAACAUAUUCAGCAGAGAGUAGGGGUCAUACAUGUUGAUUACUCUACCACAACUGCAACAAGUUUAGCACAAAUAUGGUGCAACCCCUCAGACUAGUCUGGUAUAGUACCGGGUAUUUGAUGAGAAUUCAUGCAAUGUAUUCGGGUCAUGUUACAAUAUCAAAAUAUCAUUUUCUAGCAGGGAACUAAGCCUCAAGGACGAUUAUCAUACAUUUAGAUCUCUUACGAUUACUUACUGUAAAGAGCUCACUAGUAAAGUAUUGUCUAUGGAGUAGAAUGCAACUCUGCAGUACUGCUUCAACAUGCUAGAUGUCUCAGCUAAAGUAUUAGCUCUGUAGGGUCAGCGAAUUGAUGCAAAAAAAGAUCUGAAAUUCUCCGGAAAACUGAAGUGUCCAAAAUGUCAAAUAGACUUUAAAAGAUGUUAUGACCACCCUUUCUGUAUAUCAUCAUACUGCACGCCUAUUUUGUUAGUACUGAUCUGGUAAACAUUUCAGACGCUGACUUAUGGUAUUUCAUUUACAUGUGUUACAUGUAUAUACAUGUACUCAUAAAAACUGCCAUAACUACUUUUCACUCCUGCAAUAUGAGAUAAACAUGUGUAGUAUACUCAUUUUCCAAACAGACCAAGAUCGUUA